AUGCCUGUUUGCGGAUACUGCGGCAAACACCUACCGACGACAAACGGCCUGAAAAUACAUGUGAAGAGGAGGAAAAGCUGCUACAGUCAGUAUAUCGAAAAGUUGAAGUCAUUUACUAUAACCACACACGACCUUGAUGCGGACAAUGAAUCGGACAGCACGGAUAGUCAACAGGACUCAGAUCCAGAGCAAGGACACGUACCAGAGUCUGAGUUACCGCAAGACGACCCUCCCACAGUCACCGAACAGGCUUUUGAGCCCCGAUCAGCGCCCUCUCCAAACGAUACAGGAGCGCCCAUUGGAGCGUCAACUGGCGGCAAUCCUGUCGAUGAAGUGGAUAGCGACCGAGCGACACGAUUCGCAGAGUCGUACCCGGGGAGGGCUGGAGAGGGGAUAAGGCGGGAAAAUACGAAGUUUGAUACCAUCCGGGAGGUGCAAGAGUGUCAAGAGAAGAUAAUCUGGGAUCCGUUUCAGGAUGAGGAAGAAUGGGAGCUGGCUCGAUGGUUGGUACAGAACAUGGGUCAGAGUCAGAUGGACGAGUUUUUGAAGUUACCUAUAACUCGGAAUCGGACAAAGCCAUCAUACAAAAACAGGCACUCCUUGAACGAGAAAGUGGACAGUUUGCCCACAGUGGGCGCACCGUGGAUCCAGGAGGUGAUAACAAUUGCCGGGACCGAGUUUGACGGGAACGGAGAGCCGAUGCAUGAGGAGGUCGAGCUCUGGUACCGAGACCCUGUCGAGUGUGUGCGCGAGUUAGUAGGAAAUCCUGCAUUUGAAGGAAAGCAGGCCUACGCACCGGAGCGUGUGUACGUCGAUCCGCAGGGGCAAAAUCGGAUGUAUGAUGAAAUGUGGACCGGUGACUGGUGGUGGGAAACCCAGUCAAAGCUCCCCCCCGGCGCGACUGUUGCACCCGUAAUCCUGGCAUCGGAUAAGACACAGCUGUCGAGGCAUCGAGGUGACAAGGAAGCUUGGCCUGUGUAUCUUACCAUAGGGAACAUUGAGAAGGGGACGAGACGCGUACCUUCAUCGCAUGCAAUGAUUCUUAUCGGAUAUCUCCCUAUUCCUGAGCUCAGCUGUGUCUCCGAGAACGCCAAGGCGGCCGUAGGCUACCGCCUUUUUCACUUCUGCAUGCGUCGCAUCUUGACGUCGCUUGUCAAGGCAGGAUCUGAAGGUGUUGAGAUGGUUUGCGCUGACCGCUGGGUUCGGCGUAUCUUCCCUAUCUUGGCGGCCUAUGUUGCAGACCAUCCGGAGAGAUGCCUUAUAGCUUGCUGCAAACAAAAUCGCUGUCCGCAGUGUCUCGUUGACCCCACGGAGCUCGGUGAUCUGCUCGAGUGCAUAAGGUUUCGGGAAUCUCAGCGCACGAAGAAAAUUCUGGAGCAUAGAGCCACUGGACGCCGUGUCAAAGCAUUCUUUGACGAAGGUCUGAGGCCGGUCGACAAACCCUUCUGGGCGGAUCUUCCCCAUACCGACAUCUUCCAUUGUUUUAUGCCAGAUCUUUUGCAUCAAGUCCAUAAAGGCAUUAUCAAAGAUCACCUGCUCUCAUGGUGUGUAACUAUAGCUGGAAAGCAGGAGAUUGACGAGCGCUUUGCUUGCAUGCCCGACCAUCCAGAUAUUCGUCAUUUCAAGCACGGUAUCUCGGUCAUAUCUCAGUGGACUGGCAGAGAGUCAAGAGAGCUUGAGAAAGUCUUGCUCGGUGCCUUGAACGGUGCAGUACAACCUGCUGUCGCGAAAGCUGCACGUGCAAUGCUCGACUUCGCCGCUUACUCGCAGUUCCACACUCAAACAGAUGUCACGCUAGAUUUGAUGGAUGCGGCCCUGUGCGAGUUCCAUGAAUACAAGGACGUGUUUUUACAGCCCAAUAUCCGCGACGACUUUAAUUUCCCAAAGUUGCACGCCAUCCAGCACUAUCUAGACUCAAUCAAAUCUCGCGGAUCUGCCGACGGAUACAAUACCGAGCUCCCCGAACGGCUGCAUAUUGAUCUCGCGAAGGAUGCGUACCACGCCACGAAUAAGCACCUGGAAGGAGACAGGCAGGGCCAGGACAUCACGGGAGACGAUUUCCUCGAAUUGCGGGGGCCAUGGCUACGUUCACGGAGAGCUCCAAGGGAUGGUACUAGCAGUGACUCCGAGGACGGAGAUGACUUAUUAGGAGAUCAGGGCAUGGAUGACGAAGACAUAAAUGAGGAUAAUGCUGAACAACUGGAGGACGAUGAUGAGGACCUGAUCGAGGCGCUGAUGGACCUAUAUGAUGAGGAGUUGUCCGCGCUGGAGGUGCCACCAGAGGAAGCCCUCGGUGAGAACUUUGAGAGGGAAGCAAAUAAUGCCGGUCAGUGUUCUCACCGUGUUGCUGCGGGUUCUCGGUCUGACAUGCUGCCAUGA